AUGCUUGCCACUAAAACGCCAUUCUCCAUCGAACACAUACUAUUUCAAAAUUUAAAUAACAACAAUAACAAUAACAGUAAUAACAAUAAUCAACAAAAAGGUGCCAAGCAAUUAGUAAAAAACAGUGCUAGACCGAGCGCUUAUGAUAAUAAUAGAAAUUUAAACCAUCACCCAAACACAACCACCACAACAACCACAGCCAGCACGGAAGGUACGGCAACGGGGCCCAACAUAAGGCCCAACCAUAGUCCCAAUCAUAUGGUCUAUGCCAGUGACGAAUAUGCCAAGUCCUUCAACAGUCAACGUGCGCAUCAGCAACGCGUCGCCGCUGCCACACAUUACACCAAUUUGCCGCCUGGUCCGGGACAAGAUCCAAUUUCAACGGCUCAACAAAUGUCGCCAGGUUCGGUGGGGCCGCCACCAGGACCCACUCCCGGUGGACCGCCACCAGGUGUGCUUUAUCCGAGUGCCGCGUAUAGUGAUCAUGGAUUCUUGCAAAUGACCCUCGGCUACUUGUCUCCCUCGUCGGGCACAUACAAGUCAGUGGAUCCGUACUUUCUGUCCCAAGCCAGGCUGUUUGGGAGCUCACCCUUUUUCGGAGCACCCGGCUGUGUGCCCGAAUUGGCUUUGGGCCUGGGCAUGGGUGUGAAUGCAUUGCGCCAUUGUCGACGUCGCAAGGCACGCACUGUGUUUAGUGACCCCCAGCUGGCGGGACUGGAGAAACGCUUUGAGGCCCAACGCUAUCUCUCAACGCCCGAGCGGGUCGAGUUGGCCACCGCGUUGGGUCUGAGCGAGACGCAGGUCAAGACGUGGUUUCAGAAUCGCCGCAUGAAACACAAAAAGCAGCUGAGGCGACGCGACAAUACAAAUGAGCCCGUUGACUUCUCACGCACAGAGUUGGGCAGCAGCAGCAGCAACAACAACAAUAGUAACAGCAGCAAGCAGCGCUCGGAAAGUGGCAUGUCCUCAGAUGCCAAGCAAUGCAAGAUGGCGGCCUAUAAGGCAGCUGCGGCUGCAGCUGCAUCAGGAGCGGGCGGGGGCACAGGUGCUGGGGCGGCUGUUGGCGCCCAACAGUCCCCCCACAAUCCGCAACAGCUUCAAAUGCUGCGCAGCAAUAUGAACGCCGACGGAAUGUGUUUUCUCCAGCACGGCUAUUCCACGGACGACUAUUCGGACCUGGAGGCGGACAGCGAGGACGAGGACAACUCGAGUGAUGUGGAUAUAGUGGGCGAUGCAAAGCUAUAUCAGCUGACCUAG